AUGACAUUGACGAGAGCAGCUCCGUCUGGCUCGCCGCCUACCCCCGCCCACGAGGAAUACCAGUACCUCGAGCUCGUGCGCGACAUUCUCGACAAUGGCGAGCUCCGUCGCGACCGCACGGGCACGGGCACCUACUCCAUCUUCGCGCCGCGGCCGCUCAAGUUCAGCCUCAACCGGGACGGCACGCCGAUCCUGCCGCUGCUGACGACGAAGCGCGUGUUCACGCGGGCCGUCAUCGCAGAGCUGCUGUGGUUCGUCGGGGGCAACACAUCAUCAACGGCGCUGAGCGCGGCGGGCGUCAAGAUCUGGGACGGCAACGGGUCGCGCGAGUUCCUCGACAACCUGGGCCUGACGCACCGCGAGGCCGGCGACCUGGGCCCCGUGUACGGCUUCCAGUGGCGCCACUUCGGCGCCGACUACGUCGACUGCCACGCCGACUACGCCGGCCAGGGCGUCGACCAGCUGGCCCGCAUCAUCGACACCCUGCGCACCAAUCCCUACGACCGCCGCCUGAUCCUCACCGCCUGGAACCCCAAGGACCUGCCGCAGAUGGUCCUGCCGCCGUGCCACAUGUUUGCCCAGUUCUACGUGUCGUACCCGCGGUCGCGAAGCACCUCCUCGGAAACCUCGGAGACGGACAAGCCCAAGGGCCACCUGCACUGCCAGCUGUACCAGCGGUCGUGCGACAUGGGGCUCGGCGUGCCGUUCAACAUCGCCAGCUACGCGCUGCUGACGCACAUGCUGGCGCACGUGUGCGACCUCGUGCCCGGCAGCCUGACCCACGUCAUGGGCGACGCCCACGUCUACCUCAACCACGUCGACGCGCUGCGCACCCAGCUCGAGCGUAAGCCGCGCGACUUCCCCGAGCUCGAGAUUUCCGCCGCCCGCCCAAGGGGCGGCAGCAUCGACGGCUGGGCCGCCGAAGACUUUGUCAUCAAGGGCUACAACCCGCACAAGACCAUCGCCAUGGAGAUGUCGGUGUGA